AUGUCAAUAGUCCCGAGCUCUUCCACCGAGGCAUAUUUGCCGGCUUGUAAUGGCCAAGUGAACUUGAGGGAUGCAUAUACUUGGAGCCUAACACAAAUCAAAGUUUUCAUGAUCGAGAUUAUAGACAAGCAUUCCACCUAUGGAGUCGAACGAAGGGUCGUAUCAGAAUUGAAAAGACUACGCACCGAUAUUCUCGAUCUCAGUGAAAAUGGGACCAGAUAUCAAUCUGAACCCUCCUCCCCCCAGGCGAUUUCGAGGAUGGUUAACCCAGCAACAGCCAGCGAGGAUGAAUCAUACUUCUUAUUAGAUAAAUUGACGUAUGGAGGUGUUUCAUAUUGGAGCUCCUUUGACCUUCUAGGUAGGUUCAUUUCCCUUACUGGACCAGCACCCCGAGGUACUACACGGGACAAUUUCUACUUACCUCUAACACUAAUGUACAUCAACUGGUAUCGCAGAAUAGCUCCGAUGGCCUCGUCCGUGUAUUCGUGCGGGCUGGGCAACCGCUGGGUCAAAAUUCUGCAACGAGCUCGUUUCAAUCUUCGUGAUCAAAGAACUGACACAGCAGGAAUAAAAUUCGAGUUUACAACUUUAACGGGUCGAGGAAGCCAUGCUAUUCCUUUUGGAAACUGCGCAGAAACCUAUCCUCUCGUGAAUGUCCUACGACUACCCAAAGAGGGCCUAUAUAGCCACUUGCAAGCAUUGGAUGCAAUGACUAAACCUUGCACUAAUUGUCAACAGGUGAUAACCUCGUGGGGCGGGAAAGUAGAGAACUUCAUCACAGAUGAUAUGUCAGAGAAAAGUACCAUUUCAACUUUUAAGGUGCAAUCGCCUACAUCACCUGACCCGGGAGCAUCUGGAUCGAAAAUCGUGUUAGCAGCCUGUCCUAAACGGGCUUCUCCAGCAGACAACGAUGAACCUGCGGCGAAAAGGGCUAGAGGCCCGGCACCUAAUUCUCCUAGAAAGCCAUCUUAUUUGGUCAAGGGAAAAAGGCAAACAGAAGUGAAGAUGUAG